AUGUAUCAACCCGAAAUGGUUGAAGAUGAGAAUGCAAUCAAUAAUACGGAUAAAACUAUCGUGGAUUAUGUAUAUAUAGGAGUCAAUACAGAAGAUUUAACAGGAUUGAAAGCUUUUGGAUUUUGUGAAGACUUUCUGAAAAAUCUACUCAAUUCUAUAGCCAAACAAAAGAAUUUACACUUACCCACAAGGGUUAACUAUUUUGGAGGAAGAGACAGAGAAUAUUGGAAAGACAUUUUGGAAAAGGAAAAAGCAAAGUUAUUGGAAGAAAUUACGAGUUUAGAAAAUACUAAAAAACGGCUCCUUGAAGAAAAUCAACAAACAGAUACAAUGACAGAUGAUACUGUUUCAGAGGAUUCAUCAUCAACAAUAUUGACCACAGCUGUAAAAAGACGAAAGAAGAGAAGUAAGAGAGUAAUCAAGGAUGUUGAAGAUGAUUCAAUGAGAGAGAAUGGAGCUGACUCUGAAUCUUCUCAAAUUUCUCCAAAACCUUCUUCAUCAAUAAUUUCAUCAGAAGAAAUUACACCACUCAAAAAGCUCAAAAUGGAUACUUUAGAAUAUGAUGUUACACCUGUUUCUAAUACCUCCCCAACUAAUGCAAGAGAAAAUCUCGAUUUCAUGCUUCUUUCGAGACCCAAUGCGGAUGAGCCAAUAGUAACACCAACUCAUUCUGAGUCAUCUCAUAUUGUAGUUGAAAAAUCAAACCAAGAGCAAGUAAUUUCUUCCUCUCCACCCAAAAUACCAAGCCAAACUUCCAAUCUUAUCAGUCAAGAAUCCAUUGCUGAAGAGAGUGACAGUGAAGACAAUUCUACAUCAAACACCCGUCUAUCCCUUGUAAAUAUGCCAAAAUCACCAAAAGUUGACAAGCUCAAAGUUAUUUCUCCUUUGCAAAAUCGAAAAAUGCCAAUCGAGAGACGAAACGAAGAAUUUGCAGUACCAUCCCUUCCAUCUCAAUCCAAGAGGUCAACCCAAGAGAGCAGUACCCAAAAGUCCAGUAGUACUAGUUCAUCCUUGACAGCCUCAUUACCAUCUCAAAAUAUUCUUCCACCACCUACUCCUCCAACUAGUAGUACUAUCGAGGAAACCAUUAAGCAAAAUGAAGACAAAAUGAUUGUAGAUAUCAUAGAAAAACCUUCUGAAACUACAGUACAGCCAUUAAUAGAAAUAACUAUAGCAACAGAAGAAGUAGUCAAAAAGGAUCCAAUGCUGGAUGAGGGAGAAGAAAUUCAACCACUGGAUAACAAGAAAAGUACACAAGAGGAAAAGGUUGAAACAUCUUUCAACUCUCCUCCAAAGGACACAUCUUUUACUGAACCAGCCAUCAUUGAAACCAUUGAGAAGAAACCACCCAUCACAAGUGAACAAAUUGUACAAGCUGAGGUUGAAACAAUUGUGGAACAAGUGAAACCAAUUGAAUCCACAACAAAAACUUGUGAACCAAUCGAAAAGCCAAAAUCUCCCCUCAGAAUUAAUACUGAUCUUCCAAAAUCACCAACACUCGAUUCUCCAAGUAGUACACCUGAUUCUUUGCCUCCAGGUGAUGAUUUAUUAUUUAUGGAGGAUUUGGAACCAGCCAAUCAUCAACCAGUUCCCACCAACAGUUCUGCAACAACCACAAUAACAAUCAUAGAAGCCAAACAAAGUAGUCCUAACCCGACCACAAAACCCUCACCAAACAAACCUGUUCUCAUUAUGCCUACUGUUGACAUUAAUUUCAAUACCAAUGACAGUGCUGACUUGAAUUCACCAUCAUUGAGUACACCAACCGAGCUUCCGAAUCUGGAAGAGAAAUUAGAAACCAAAACUGAAACAGCACCAUCACCUCCUCCACCAACAGUUCAGAAACCAAAUAUUUCUCUGGAAAAGACAUCUACCGAUAAAUUAGAUGAAGACGAUGAAACACCUCAAACCCUUCCAUCCAUGAACUUGGAUAUUACACCACCAGCUAAAGAAGAAACUACAAAAGAAGGAAAUGUGAAACAAGCUGACACAAUGAUUGAUGAUGAAGAAGUUCCACCAACCCCAACUCCAAUUAAGCCAAAGGAAAAGGCACAAUCACCACAAAUUGUAAUUCCUCCAACAGUCUAUUACGAUCCACUUGAAUCUCAAGGAGCAAAUGUUAGUGAUGAUGAAAUGGAAGAAGAUAAUAAUCCACCACCAAUGUCUACACCACCACAUAAUACCAGUAGAAUAUUGUCAUAUACCACUCCUAAAUCUGAUGUAAUUCUUGAAGAGGUGGAAGAGACACAAUACUCUGCUGUAAAGAUAGUUUUGAAUCCAGGCGAUAUUUCUCCAAGCAAAAAGAAGAAUCCAUUUAUGCAAGUUCAAGAUGAUGAAACAGAUGAUGAAUUGUCACCAAGAACACCUUCUCAAACUUUUGAAAUCAAAGAUUUCAGUUCACCACCAAUCAACUUUUCACCUAUUCUAACAAAAGCUAAUUUAGGAUCUCCUCCAAUAGUGAACAAGGGUGAAACUUUGGAUGUUAAACCUAAAUAUGAGCUUGAGCCAACAAUCGCUGUCAAUUUUAGUUUGAAUUUUGAAUCAGAAGAUGAGGAAGAAAUACCUUCCUCACCUGUGCUGGCUUCAUCCAGUGCCACAAAACCUGUUACAUCUGAAAAUGAUGCAGACAAAAGUAAUCUAAGCACACCUCCACUUUCCAGUCCUCCACGUGCCAGUUUUGCCUCUCCUAUGCGAUCUCAACCUGUGCUAUCACAAAAUUCUCUACCUAGACAUCCAAUCGAAAAAAUAGACAAGCAACAUCCUCUCAAGUCCUAUAGUAGGAUCAAGAUUAAGGGUCCAGUUUUGAACAUGAUAUUUUCACCAGUAGGUGAUCCCAGAUUAACUAUUUGUACAAAGACUCAAGUAUCCUUAAUUGAGCUAACAGGAUCAGAAUGGAUUCAAACAGAACUUUUUGGUUUAGAAAAUGAAGAAAAUGAGGAGUUUUAUUCUUCCAAGUUUACACCUGAUGGAGAAAUGUUGAUUAUUGCCUCUUCCUCAUUUGAACCAUCAAUAACCAUGACCAUGUCCAUACUGGAUGAUGAAAAUCCUGCCCAAGCUGAUGGAACUCUCUCCUAUCAUAUCAGAUUCUUUGAUAUCGAUGGGUCAUCAAUCAGAAGUCAGUUGGGUCAAGAGAAAAAACCCCUAUUAAGCUUGGAUGAUGUAAGAUCACCAAUAUCUUGUAUGGAAGUUUACGACUCUACUUUGAUGGUUGCAACCAAUAAUGGAGAACUUUUAAAAUACAUGCUCACAAGUGAUUUUACGAGUAGGGUCAAGGUUGUCACAUUCCAAACCCUUAAUGGAAAGGAAGCCAUCAAUAACCUUCAGUUUGUCCCUGAAUUGAAAGAUUUUGUAAUUGGAAGUACUAAUUCAUAUAUUGGCAUUUGGAGAAUGAGUAGUGGAAAAUUACUCCAAAAAAUAGCUUUAAAUCCAUACUCUGUUAUUUACUCUUCUGUAAUUAAGGCUGUAACCACUGGAGCAAACCAAGGAAUAUUUUUGGUUGCUAUUCACAAAGAGAAUGUUACUGAAAAUGCUCAACUUUGUGGUUUGUUCUUUUUGAAUGAAGCAGCUACAAGAUUACACACAUACAAUAAGAAGGAUAUUCCUAAACUUUCUGAUUCUUCAAAUGAUAAUGUGACAGCGAUUGGAGUUUCUGGAAAUGCAGAAAUAUCUCCAUAUCUUGUCACUGGAACGUCUAAGGGUUUGAUUAUCAUCUUCAAUUGCAGAACUGCCCAGUGUGUAGGUAUUUUACAAGAUAUAGAAGGUGAAAAAGUUGGAUCGUGCUGCUUCCAUGACAAGUUCCCUCUCUUUGCUGCUGGUGGUACAAGAAAUGUUGUAAUCUAUUAUCAAACAGAAUAAAUUAUUUGUUUAGUUCUUCAU